CAUCUCUGACAUUAUCGCAGAUAGAGCGACUCGGAGCGCGCGCGGAGGAGGGGCUCGCGCAAAGUUCAUGACAGCUCGUGCACUCCGGUUUAAAGACCAGCAUCGCCACAACGACCACUCGACGAAUACACAGAUAACGCUAUACUUUAGUACAGAGGGUCUUGGUAUAGUUUAAUGGCUGUGUUGCUAGUUUAUGUUCCGUUUCCUAAUGCUUUGAGUCGCGUGAAUAUUAAGUUAUUAACUGUACGCUGCGCAUGAAGCGUCUUUCAAAUGAAUAUUCACAGUUGACCGGUGCGCUUGUAAAUUGUAACACAAUUGAGCGUAGUUAAGCCGUAUCCAUACACGCAGGAUUUUUGUCGGACGUUUGGACGAGGUUUCUGAGAUUGUCUGGUGUUGCUCGCGCGCAGGCAGACCACCGGACGGAGCGGCGCGUGCUCAUCCUCGGCUCAGCAGAGCUGUCAUGCUGCCUAAAGUCGAGUCGGAAUCUCUCGGACUCGCUCGGUCGCAUGGGGAACAGGGGCAUAUGCCCAGAAACAUGCAAGCCCCCCAGUUUAAAAUGAUGGACUACUCCUACGAUGAAGAUUUGGAUGAAAUGUGUCCAGUGUGUGGGGACAAGGUGUCUGGAUAUCACUACGGGUUACUGACCUGUGAGAGCUGUAAGGGCUUCUUCAAGAGAACGGUGCAGAACAACAAACGUUACACAUGUAUAGAGAAUCAGAGCUGUCAGAUAGACAAGACCCAGCGGAAACGCUGCCCCUACUGCCGGUUUCAAAAGUGCCUCACUGUCGGCAUGAAACUGGAGGCUGUGAGGGCUGACCGAAUGAGGGGCGGACGCAACAAGUUCGGCCCCAUGUACAAACGAGACCGGGCCCUCAAGCAGCAGAAGAAAGCCUUGAUCCGGGCCAACGGACUCAAGCUGGAGGCCAUGACGCAAGUCAUGCAAACAGUCCCAGCCGACCUCACCAUUACCUCUGCCAUUCAGAACAUCCAUUCGGCCUCCAAGGGGCUUCCACUGAGCCACCACCAUCACCACCACCAUCACCACCACCACAGUUCCUCCAGCGCAGGGCUGCCACCCGCAGACUUUGACCGUAGCCCCUUUGUCACAUCGCCGGUCAGCAUGGCCAUGCCUCCUCACGCCGGAGGCCUGCAGGGCUACCAAGCCUACGGUCACUUCCAAAGCCGCACCAUCAAGUCAGAGUACCCCGACCCCUACACAAGCUCGCCGGAGUCCCUCAUGGGCUACCCGUACGUCGAGGCCUACACGGGAGGAUCGCCGCCGACCUUCCCCCACCUAGUGGUGGAGCUACUCAAAUGCGAGCCGGACGAACCUCAGGUGCAAGCUAAGAUCCUAGCGUACCUCCAGCAGGAGCAGGCCAGCCGAGGCAAGCACGAGAAACUCAACACCUUUGGCCUCAUGUGCAAAAUGGCCGACCAGACACUGUUCUCAAUCGUUGAAUGGGCCAGGAGCAGCAUCUUCUUCCGAGAACUGAAGGUUGACGACCAAAUGAAGCUCCUCCAAAACUGCUGGAGCGAACUCCUCAUCCUGGACCACAUUUUUCGGCAGGUGAUGCACGCCAAAGAAGGCUCCAUCCUUCUCGUCACGGGGCAACAGGUGGAUUAUGGCCUAAUUGCCUCCCAAGCCGGGGCAACACUCAACAACCUCCUGAGUCACGCGCAGGAGCUGGUGAGCAAACUGCGUUCCCUCCAGCUGGACCAGAGGGAAUUCGUCUGCCUCAAGUUCCUGGUGCUGUUCAGCUUGGAUGUGAAGAACCUAGAGAACUUCCACCUGGUAGAAAGUGUCCAGGAACAGGUCAACGCCGCGCUGCUAGACUACGUCAUGUGCAACUACCCUCAACAGACGGACAAAUUCGGCCAGCUUCUGCUGCGGUUGCCGGAGAUCCGAGCCAUCAGCCUCCAGGCGGAGGAGUAUCUGUAUUACAAGCACCUGAACGGUGACGUGCCCUGUAACAAUCUACUUAUAGAGAUGUUGCACGCCAAACGUGCCUGAGGACCGGCCGCUACCCUUCCAUCCCGACUCAUCGCACGCACUGCUCACGGCAUCACCUCAGUCCAGCGUCAUCACCAGACAUUGCCUUUGAACAAUGAAACAUGCAUAUGUGAGAUUCGCACUGAGAGGGAGUCUACAGUGCACCGAACGGUUCGGAGGUGAUGGUGUUAUAAUGACCUCCAGGCCGCGGAUUUAUCAUAGUGUUGUCGAAUUCAUGACCGUCAGUCGUUAUUUGUUCUGUGUGCAGCUGACCUUGCGAUUGUAAGGUCCAAUUUGAACUUAAGCUGGAGGGUUUAAGAUUACUGGCUCUCUUUCAAGAAUUAAGACUGGUUUGCCAGCAUCGAGCAUCUGCAUGCUCAUGCCGUCUCCCCCUCCUGUCUGUUUAAAGACACACAUGCUGGGCUGGAGCCGGCCAUCUGAAAGCAAAAGUAAAACGGACAUCGCUUCUGCGCCACCCAAAGACUUUAUUCCAACCUCUCACCAAAAAGUCAACAUUUUUCUCUUUUAAAGCUGGCAGUCAUUUCUUCUUUAACACUCUGAGGCUGCUGAUGAUCAAUAUUUCCCUUUUUAAAAUAAAUAAAAAUAAAAGGGUGAAUAUCACAGACUUGUCAAGAUCCUGUCCAAUCAGUAGAAAGCUUUUGGAAAAUGAAGCCUAUUUUUCGUUACGGCAUUUCGUUUUUAUGACAAUUAAGCACAUCCACACCUGCGAACUUAAUGUAGUGCUGUUUCUAUAAUGCAAUAGAAAAACAGUAUUUUAUUGUAAUUGUGAAUCUUUAACCUCAUGGUAGUAUUUGUUGUUGUUUUCGCUUUAAUUUAUGCAGAUGUUUAAUCGUAGUAUUACGCUAUAAAAAGUAAAAGCUGCUCUACUUAAAAAUAAAAACGUACUUCAAUUGGUAACACCUAAAAAAACAUUUUAUGAAUAAAUUUAAGGUGAAUUUUUUUGAAAAAUUACUUAAAUUGGUACGCAUAAAAUAUAAUUUUUUUACUUAAAGGCGGCGUGCGUGAUUUUUGAAAAACGCUUUGGAAAAGGGAGUCAGGCCGAGUACCAAAACACACUUGUAGGCAAUCAGCAGUAAGGGGCGUGUCUACCAACCAACAUCGUUGCCUGGCUUGCGUAUGGGUGGGUCUAGAUUCUAUUGGGGUAGGGGCGUGUUUGUUUAGGUGAUUUCAAAUGUCAACGUUAGCUUUCAGAGAUCAUGCACCCUGCCUUUAAAGUGAAAAAAUUUAAUUUGAAAAAAAAAAGUACUUCAAUUGGUAAAACCUUAAAAAAACAUUUAAUGAAAAAAUUGAAGGUGAAUUAAUUUUAAAAAAUUACUUAAAUUGGUACACAUAAAAUAUAUAUUUUUUUUACUUAAAGGUGGGGUGCGUGAUUUUUUGAAAAACACUUUGGAAAAGGAAGUCAGGCCGAGUACCAAAACACACUUGUAGCCAAUCGGCAGUAAGGGGCGUGUCUACUAACCAACAUCGUUGCCUGGCUUGCGUAUGGGUGGGACUAGAUUCUAUUGGGGUAGGGGCGUGUUUGUUUAGGUGAUUUCAAAUGUCAACGUUAGCUUUCAGAGAUCAUGCACCCCACCUUUAAAGUGAAAAAUUUUUAUUAAAAAUUUUUUUUACUUCAAUUGGUAAAACCUAAAAAAAAACAUUUUAUGAAUAAAUUUAAGGUGAAUUAAUUUUAAAAAAUUACUUAAAUUGGUACACAUAUAUAUAUAUAUAUAUAUUUUUUUUUACUUAAAGGUGGGGUGCGUGAUUUUUUGAAAAACACUUUGGAAAAGGGAGUCAGGCCGAGUACCAAAACACACUUGUAGCCAAUCAGCAGUAAGGGGCGUGUCUACUAACCGACAUCGUUGCCUGGCUUGCGUAUGGGUGGGUGUAGAUUCUAUUGGGGUAGGGGCGUGUUUGUUUAGGUGAUUUCAAAUGUCAACGUUAGCUUUCAGAGAUCAUGCACCCCACCUUUAAAGUGAAAAAAUUUAAUUUGAAAAAAAAAAUGUACUUCAAUUGGUAAAACCUAAAAAAAAACAUUUUAUGAAUAAAUUUGAGGUAAAAAAAACUUUUAAAAAAUUACUUAAAUGGUACACAUAAUAAAUAAUUUUUUUACUUAAAGGCGGGGUGCAUGAUUUUUGAAAAACACUUUGGAAAAGGAAGUCAGGCCGAGUACUAAACGUACUUCAAUUGGUAAAACCUAAAAAAAACAUUUUAUGAAUAAAUUUAAGGUGAAUUAUUUUAAAAAAAUUACUUAACUCUUUCGCCGCCAGCGUUUUUAAAAAAAGUUGCCAGCCCGCGCCAGCGUUUCUCAUGAUUUUCACAAAAGUUUAAUGCCUUCCAGAAAAUUUUCUUCUUUAAAUAUAUAAACAUACAAUAUACCAAAUGAAAGAAGACCCUCUGCUUUCAAAAAAAACAAAAACAGUAAGGGUCUACUAACCAACAUCGUUGCCUGGCUUGCGUAUGGGUGGGUUUAGAUUCUAUUAGGGUAGGGGCGUGUUUGUUUAGGUGUUUUCAAAUAUCAACAUUGGCUUUCAGAGAUCAUGCACCCCGCCUUUAAAGUGAAAAAAUUUAAGGUGAACAUUUUUUAAAUUACUUCAAUUGUUACACAUAAAAUAUAUAUUUUUUAAAUCAAAAGUGUGAAAAUGUAAGUAAAAAAACUUCAAAUUUUUAAGCGUUACCAAUGAAAGUAAUUUUUUAAGUUGUUUCAACUUUUUACAGUAUAUAAAAAAGUACUUAAUUGUCAUAACAGUAAUGUUAAUAAUUUGAAAAAUAGGCUUCAUUUGAUUUAUGGCAAGUAUAGAUUCACCUGAAAGGAUGUCUCAACGUUUCGAUCUAGGAUAUAUGUUAUGUUAUAAAGAUGUAGAAAUAUGAUAAAAUUUUUGCAAAUGAUGUCCUUUUACACGGAUAAAACAGCAUCAAAUGUGAACUGGAACAAAGCACAAUGUCAGAGCCAUGAUGAAGAAAUUCUGCCUCAGUCAACACAAGACCAAAGCCUACAGAGAACAAAAGAAUAAGAAAAAAAACAAACAAACCACCAUCUAUAACUAUCAGUAUUACUAAUUUGUGAUGUCACAGUCAUGCGAGUCUUGCCUUAUUUCAUUUCCAUGCUAGCUAAACCGUGCUGAUGUGAAUUACGAUAUGUAAAAUAAAAAGUACAUAUAUAUAAAGUAUUAAUGUUAUACAAUUGAAAAAGAAAUAAGAGGUGUUUACAUUCAUGUGGUCAUGUGGGAGAACUGUAAUGCGUUCAAUUGCGAAGCAAUGAUUUCAUAGUGAAACGAAACAAAAAUGUUGACAAAAAUAUCUAUUCCUCUUGUUUGCUUUCUCUGGUGUGUACAGUUUCUUGACCAGUACUUAAUUAUGUCGUGAGACACUAAAUCGGAAAUGAAUCUCACUUAAUACUGAGUUUUGAAUUGUUUUUUUUUUUAUUAUUAUUGUGCUGGCUUAUUAUCUGUGGACUUUUUUUUGUAGAACGAAAACAUAAAUGUACGUCACUGGUUAAGCUUAAUUUAUUGUUUUGGUUUCAUCCACAGAGGGGUGGGAUCACGACUAAAUGUAUUUGUUUACUGUAGCACGUUUUUCAAAAUGUACAUAUGAGAGCUAAGCGGUGAUGGAGUGAUUCACAUGAAACGACCAUCAGUCCUGCCACUGUAAUAUAUGAAGAGCUGUAUUGAAGUGACUGACUUAUCGUAAGAUUUCAAUGAAUGUGUUUAUCGUUGCAGUCUGUGUUCUAUACCAAAGACAGCGUCUGUCCUUUAGCUGUACUCACCCUGUUUGCAUCACAAUGAAUGGAUGAGAUUUCAUACUCGGGGACUGUCGUUGUUUUUCCUGAAUGCUUCAUUUGACUGUAUUGCAUUUAAGUGGUCUUAAAGUCAACAUGAAAUCAAACUUGCCCCUAGUUACUGCUUUUGUUGUCCAUGUCCUUUCAUCUGAACUGACACUUUAUCACCUAGGAAAGAAAAUAAAGUGUUAACCAUUUCUAAACUCAA